UUUUUUAACCAAUCAGUCGCGAACGACACAUCGCUAUAUGCCACUCUUCCGCGCUUGCCGCAGCAGCCCCACCGGUUGGUCAGCUGACCGUUAGCCGGUCUGCUGACUGUCAAACCCCCUAGAAGCUCGAGCUGUGACCCGGACAUCGGUAACAGCGGCUUCUGUGUCUCCGCUCACCUGAAACCUUCGACCUGGAUCUCCUCCUUUCGUGACCCACUACCAGCUGGAGGCAGGAUCGUUGGCUGAAUUGAACAGAUCUCAUCGCGAGUGGGAGACAGUCGUUUGUGCUCGGAGGUCGGCGAGCGUGCGUGGCCGUCACCAUGGCCCUGCUGGACCUCGUCAUGCAGGGAUUCGCCGUGUACGGCUUCAUCAACUUCUUAGUGCUGUGGCUCAUGCACUUCAUGUCCAUCAUUUACGUGCGUCUUCACAUGCACAGGAAGAGGUCAGAGGUCAAGCAGCCGUUUUCACAGAUGGCUGGAGUUUCUCUGCUGAAGCCACUGAAGGGCAUCGACCCCAACCUCAUCUCCAACCUGGAGACAUUCUUCACACUGGAUUAUCCAAAGUACGAGAUCCUGCUCUGCGUCCAGGAUCACGAUGACCCCGCCGUAGACGUCUGUAAGAAGCUGCUGGGAAAAUAUCCAAACGUUGACGCUCGUCUUUUUAUCGGGGGGAAAAAAGUGGGCAUCAAUCCCAAGAUCAACAAUCUGAUGCCUGGAUACGAAGGAGCCAAGUACGGCCUGGUGUGGAUCUGUGACAGCGGAAUCAGAGUGAAACCUGAUACCCUGACAGACCUGACCAAUCAGAUGACAGAGAAGGUGGGACUAGUCCACGGGCUGCCCUAUGUUGCUGAUCGCCAAGGCUUUGCUGCCACGCUAGAGCAGGUGUAUUUUGGGACGUCCCACCCGCGGUCGUACAUUUCGGCUAACGUGACCGGGAUCAAAUGUGUGACCGGGAUGUCGUGUCUGAUGAGGAAGGAUGUCCUGGACCAGGCCGGCGGACUGGUCGCCUUUGCCCAGUACAUUGCAGAGGAUUACUUUAUGGCUAAAGCCAUAGCCGACAGAGGCUGGAAGUUCUCCUUGGCAACACAGGUGGCGCUACAGAAUUCGGGCUCAUACUCCAUUGGCCAGUUUCAGUCACGCAUGAUCAGGUGGACGAAGUUGAGGAUAAACAUGCUCCCGGGGACCGUGCUGGAGCCCGUCUCUGAGUGCUUCCUGGCGAGCCUUAUUAUUGGCUGGGCUGCUCAUUACACAUUUAGGUGGGACAUGAUGGUCUUCUUCAUGUGUCACUGUCUGGCCUGGUUUCUAGCCGACUACGUCCAGCUGACUGGAGUUCAGGGCGGGCCUCUGUGCUUCUCCAAGCUGGACUUUGCCGUGGCGUGGUUCAUCAGGGAGUCCAUGGCGGUGCAGAUCUUCCUGUCAGCCCUGUGGGACCCCACCAUCAGCUGGAGAACUGGUCGGUACCGGCUGCGCUGUGGCGGCACCGCCGAGGAGAUCCUCGACGUGUAGUUGCCACGGCAACAGGCUCGUACCAUCGUCAUCAUCUUUGUCCUCAAAGGAUGAGAUAAUGAGUUCAAGAGACUGAUUUUUUUUUUUUAACUAGCGUGAUUGUGUGUGUGUGAAAGUACGCGAGUGUGAAUUUUUAAUUAUUUAUGUUCUUUUGGUGCUAAAUUAAACGAUGCGAGAACCAGAGGGUAGAGUAAGAAAAAGAAAAAGAAAUGGGAGGAGUCACUUCGCACUGAACAGUCUGACGUUUGAUCAGACGAGAAAUAUUUAAAGAAAAAUACAAACGAGAGGAGGACGAGGUCAAAUGCUUCAUGCUCAUUGGCUGAUUUCUUUUUUUUUUUUUUACAGUAAUUUAAGAAAGAAAUGGCAAAAAAAAGAAACUGAAAGACUGAUAACGAAAUUGAGGUUGAACUGUUUCAUCCUCAGUCAACUCACAGGAGCGGGGGGUGGGGGUCACAGACGGUCACAGACGGUCACAGACGCAGCUUCAGUUCAUUCGUAUCUCAUCACACAAUCAGUCGCGAUCCGGUUCCUCUUCCAGUUUACGCAACGUGGACGUUUUCGAGGAACGUUUUCAGCGUCAUCAGCUUGAUGUUCGCGUCCCGUUCGUCAGCCUUAACUUUGAACUAUUUCAACCAAACCCAUUCCGUGGUGGAGAAAUUCUGCGAAAGUAUUUCCUAUGAUUUAUUUUUUUUUCCAAAUAAUAAAAACAUGUCAUUAGUAAGUUUCGCAAAUGAAAAACCCGUGUCGGCGUAUUUUGCAAACCGCGUGAAAAAACAACGACAACAGGGAUUCGUGCUGCAGCUGUUAGCGAUAUAAAGAAUAACAAACAAAUGUGAAAGCCAUCGGCCAAUGAGGAGACGGCAUGGACUGUGACGUCAUCCUCAGCCGAGUUACUUCUUUACUGCGAUGCAGUAGAAAAGUGACGUUGCGUGAUCAUGUGAUCAAAGUUGUGCUUGUAAAUAAAGACGCUUUGUCUUUGUUGUGUUCAAAGAAAAAAAAAAAAAAACCACAAACAAAACCAGCCAAUGAGAAAACAGACAUUUCGCGGUCGCCACAUUUCAGUCAGAACACUGUAUUGUCUUUGCUGUUAGCGUUUAGCUGUGCAUCAGGUGGAUUGGUUGAUGACGCCAUCCGAGUGUCGGACGAACACCUGACGCUGUCGUCCAAUAGGAUCAGCAGAAGUCUUUAUUUGUAUGUUUGUUUAUUAUUGUUAUUUUUUAAAAUCACAACAGGAGGUUAUGACUCAUGUCAAAAAAUAGAAACAAAUAAAGUUUUAUUGUUUUAAA